CUAUCAGCUGUUGUCUUGCCGCUCAAUUUACAGAACAACAACCUCACGUUUAAGUGAAAUUUAUUUAUAAUUUUGACUAAUGGAGCUGGAAGGUUCGGAAUUGGGCACCAAGGAAUACUGGGAAACCAGCUACACGCGGGAAAUAAGAAAUUAUAAAAGUCACGGCGAUGUUGGCGAAAUUUGGUUCGACGAAGACUCUCAGCAGCGCAUUGUCAAUUGGCUAUUAAAGCAAGAAUCCAUCGAUAAACAAUCAGCACGUGUGAUCGAUUUGGGCUGCGGUAAUGGAAUGUUUCUCAUUGCACUGGGCAACGAGGGAUUCACACAGCUAACGGGCGUCGACUACUCGCCAAAGGCCGUUGAGCUGGCUAAGGGAAUAGCAAAGGAUCAAUCCCUGAACAUAACAUACGACGUUGCAGAUCUCACACAGAGUGAAGCGCCUGAGCUGGGAACCUACAAUAUUGUCCAUGACAAAGGCACCUACGAUGCAGUGAGCUUGUGCCCCGAUAAUCCCAAAGAGAAGCGUACCAAUUACCUGGAAACAGUGUCAAAGCUACUGCAGGACGAGGAGAGUCUGUUCAUCAUUACUUCCUGCAACUGGACAGAGGAAGAGCUGCUCACAAGCUUCGAGGAUUUGUUUGUUAAACAUUGCUCCAUUCCCACACCCACCUUCAAGUUUGGCGGCAAGGUGGGCAAUGUUGUUACCUCCGUAGUGUUUAAGAAACGUCCAAAUAACUCAAACUGAACUUUUUAUCGGCUAAUAAAUGAUGGAUGAUUACUAUGGAUUUGAGUA